CGCUGAAUCAGUCUUUUUCCGUGCUUGCAUCGAAUCGGAUAUCCGACUGCUAUAUUGGCGCUCCAGGUGGCGCGUAUCUGCGGAUCUGUACUAAUUGCAUUUUUAACUCGUUAGUCAGUUGUUUAGUGAAUAAAUAAUUGUGCCGGAACUAGCUCAGCUGCAGCCUGACAAGUGAUAUCUAAAGAAAACUGCGCUUCAGCCAGUGUCUUGGAGCUACAGGGGCAGUCUAUUAAAAGAAUACACAUGAAUACAUAUACUUCAAUCGCGUUCGCGUAACAAAAACAAAAUAGAUAAAGUAGCUUCAACAAAAAUUAUUACGAAAAUGCGCCAAGAAAAUUAAAAAGUGCAGAUAUAUUUCAGCCGUGCUAUAGAGAAGAAGGUAUCUGCUGUUUAUUUAUGUUAUUCGUGUGUGAGGGGGUAGAAACAGCUGUUGAGGCAACAAAAGCGACAACCAGUUCGGAUACUUCGAGUGUUGAAUACUUUUCGUCAGCAGAGGCAAGACACAACAAUACUGAGCUCUUCUAUAAAAAGUGUUUCGCUUCCACAAUUUAUAUUCAGUUUCCGUACCACAACGCUAAGAGGCAAAUGCGACAUUCUGAUUAAAAUAGAAAACAGCUGAUACAGUCCUGCGUCAUGUAUUUACGGAAAACGCUCCUACUCGCAUGCCUUGUUUUGCUGUUCGGAGGACUCCCGCCUUUCACUUCCCCUGCAACGACCACUACCUUAGUGGCGGCCAUGUCCAUCGCAAAUCAGGACUUGGAGCGUUACUUUAGACCAGGCAACGGCACGCACAGCUUCUCCGGCAUGGAAGAUCGUAUUGCUGUGGACGUAUAUAACUACGCCUUCCUUAACUGGUCGUAUGUUGAGCAUGGCAACAUGCUGUGCAACAUGGAAUUCGCCCAGGAACAGGCUAGAUACGGGGAGGGCAAGGUGUUGAACGUAACGGGACGUUUGGUCCACAUCAGCGCCACGGACAACUUUAGUGACGAUUACGCGUGCACACCAUACAUACGUGGAACCCUGGGAGCACCCACACCAGAUAAGGGGGAGACCUGGAUCGCUUUGGUUCGACGGGGACGCUGCACCUUUGAGGAAAAAGUUAAGCAUGUCUACCAGCAAAAUGCUGCUGGUGUUAUUAUCUACAACGACAAGCAAGUAAUGCAGCUGGAGAAGAUGCAGAUCAAGGGCAAAACAAGAAACAUAGCCGCAGUGAUAACUUAUCAAAACAUUGGCCAAGACCUGGCUAUGACUCUUGAUAAGGGCUAUAACGUAACUAUUUCGAUCAUCGAAGGACGUCGAGGUGUUCGCACCGUAAGCAGCUUAAAUAGAACAUCAGUGCUGUUUGUGUCGAUUUCAUUUAUUGUUUUGAUGAUUAUAUCUCUGGUAUGGCUCAUCUUCUACUAUAUCCAGAGGUUCCGUUACAUGCAGGCAAAGGACCAACAAUCGCGCAAUCUUUGCUCUGUUACCAAGAAGGCUAUCAUGAAGAUUCCAACGAAAACCGGAAAAAUCAGCGAUGAGAAGGACUUGGAUAGCGACUGCUGUGCUAUAUGCAUCGAGGCCUAUAAGCCCACGGACACCAUACGGAUACUGCCGUGCAAGCACGAGUUCCAUAAAAACUGCAUAGAUCCGUGGCUCAUAGAGCAUCGAACCUGUCCCAUGUGCAAGCUCGACGUCCUGAAGUUCUAUGGAUACGUGUUUUUAGGCAGCGAGGAAAGUAUUCUGGAAUAUCAGCCUGAUCCCCCGCAGGGUCUGGCAGUUGUGGAGGCACGGGACGAGUCUGCGGAGCCUGUGGCUGGAUCAGCGCAAACCAGGCCUAGUGCUUUGGCGGACCUUAUUCGAAGCCGCGACUUUGUAGUAGACUUUCCGCGAGUAUUUGUCCUCGACAGCGGUAGUGUUGUGGGAGCCCGCGAAACGCUGUUCCCGACUCGGUUACCCGAACGAUCUCAGAGCUCCCUAUCGCUCAGACAAGCCCGUGAUUGGAUGAGCCUGAUGAGCAAUAAACUCGAGGAGCAGCAGGGACUGCGCCGCAUGCGCAAGGAUGAAAUGCAGCAGCAACUUCUUAGUGCGCGGGAGUCGGCACGCCACCGGCGAUCGCGAUCAGCGGAUGGGCGCUACUCAACUGGAUGCUUUGGGGGUCGCCAACGCCAGCCUCCUGUGCCGGCAUCUAGCCAAGGUCAGCCGCAGCUCCAUAGCGAAGUCGCCCAGCUGCAGCGCUCCAACUCCUCGCAGGCUUUGCAGCAGUUGACAGACGCCGCCCACGCCCAAUCGCGGCAGCGGCAGCGUGAAAGCUUUGACUUCGCCAGGACUCGGCGACGAUUCAUGAGGCGCGAGAGCGAUGAAAUAUCCUUGCGCUCACUUCCUAGGCGAGGAGGAGCCCCUGCGUCCCGUCGGCAGUUGCAUCGGGAGAGAGAGUCAGAGGACAGCGGACACACUGACCAAAUUACCAUUCAGGUAAAUGGGGAAGGUGUGGACCUUAACGAGUGAUGAAACUGCAAACGCUUAAUUGAUGAACAAAUUGUAUUAAAUGUAAUGUAUCUAUUUUAGUAACUUUUAACAAAUUAUUAGAAUUAUGUUUAUUUGACGGUGCAUAUAUGGACUG